CUCGAAAACCGAACGCAAGCUAUCAUCUCUGGCCCUACUCGAAUCCAGCCAUCCCUCCCUCCGCCCGUCUCCCAUCAAUUGAACUCCACCACCACCACCCACCAAACCUUCGCCCGACAUGUUCUCGAGACAGGCUGUUCGUUCCCUCCGCGCGGCGGCUCCCGCGUCGCGCCUUGUCGCCUCUUCCGCCCGCGCCCCGGCCGUCCGCACCUACGCCGCCGCCGCUUCCUCGGCCUCGUCCGACAACGUCAAGCCCCCCGUCGCCGUCUUUGGCCUUGACGGCACCUACGCUACUGCCCUGUACACCGCGGCGUCCAAGACCUCCUCGCUCGACCCCACGGCCAAGGCCCUCUCGACCCUCGAGGCCAUCUUCGCCAAGGACCCCAAGCUGGCCACUAUCCUGGCCGCGCCUACCCUGACCGCCGAGGACAAGGCCGCCAUUGUCACCGAGCUCACCAAGCAGGCCGGCGCCGGCUCUCAGGAGACUGUCAAGAACUUCCUCUCUGCUCUUGCCGAGAACAACCGCCUCGGCCUCCUCCCCGGCAUCACCCAGAAGUUCGCCGAGAUCAUGAGCGCCGCCCGCGGCGAGGUCGAGCUCAUCGUCACCAGCGCUACGCAACUCGACAACAAGACCCUCAACCGCCUCGAGACUGCCAUCUCCAAGUCGGCCUACGCCGGCGCUGGGAAGAAGCUCAAGGUCACCAACCAGGUCAACCCUGACAUCGUCGGAGGCCUCAUCGUUGAGGUCGGCGACCGGACCAUCGACCUCAGCGUCUCUGGCAAGAUCGCCAAGCUCAACAAGCUCCUCACUGACACUCUGUAAAACAAAUCAUCCUCACCGACACAACCUAGCAUGAAAGAACCCGACUAGCCGAAUCCUAAUCCUCCCACCAAACCUCCCUUUAUUUUUUUCUCUUUGUGUGUGUGUGUGUGUCUCUUGUAAACUUGACCAGGGCGGGGUGCGAGGAAAGGGAUGUGUGCUGCUGCGGGGGUGCUCCAACGUUUUGUGAGAAAAGGGCCGUCCAUCGCGGUCCCCCAUCCACAAACCCCGCGGAUGCCGCGAAGCGCGAAGCUUGGGAGACGGUCUUUCGGCUCCCCCUCCCAAUCGAGAGGGAGAAGGAGUGGGAUGGGUUUGUCCAAGUCGUCCCCCUCCCCAAGGGCCGAACUGAGACGAUCUGUGCAUAGUCUACAAUAGAAGCAUUCACGGAACUCUUUUAAAACAUAAAACUUGCACCACCCCAUUCCCUCUCCCUGUCAAGCUCAGGCACUUUUGUUUCCCUUCGCUUGAGG